AAGAAGUGUCGCAGUUCAAUAACAUAGCAACAUGCUAGCUCCGAACGAAGGUUAAAAAAAGGGGGUAAACAAAGGUUUUGUUUUUACAUCCAGGUUUAAGAACAUGCAGUAUGGAUAUUAUGGAAGUGCAGUUGUUUAGCUAAUGUUCGGUUUGACCGAUAACAACCAACAUGCCAGCUCUGUUGCAGCAUAGUGCUGGAGUCUGUAUUAAACUCAGACGUUUACUGUUAUUGCAUUCAAAGCGAAAUGCUCACGUUGUAGCAAACAAACAAGUAAAUACCGAUAUCGGUAAUCAUGUUCUGUCAAAGUGUGCUAAUGUCAGGAGGUCGCUUCUGUCAAGAUCCGAGUGGACAAAAACAAGUCAUCCAGAGAUGAAACUCAUCGAGAGUCUUCUUCAUAGACCUUUGGGUCCUGGCAUGGUGGGAAUUCGCAAGGAGUUAAUCAGGAAGAACCUACUGAGAAACCCUCUUGGUUUGGUAAAUCUAUUAGGGGCAACAAACUUUUUCAGUGCAUCUCAGUCUAAACAACAGCAAAAUGAAAAUUCUGAACCAAAGGGAAAAUCACCUCAGGAUGAAGAAGAAGAGAAGAAACGGCGCGAGCAGCAGGAGCAGUUGUAUCGCGAUCGCCUGCGGGUCAUCUUCUUUAUAGGCCUCAUUCUGAGCCUGCUGAACUCCAUGAGCGGCAGCGGCGGCAACAUCUCCUGGAGCGACUUUGUCAAUGAGAUGCUGGCUAAGGGAGAGGUGUCACAAGUGUUCAUUGAUCCCGAGAGCGARGUCGUGGAGAUCCACCUCCACCCGGGUGCAGUUAUUUUUGGAAGACCUAGGCUGGCACUCAUGUACAAGAUGCAGGUGGCCAACAUCGACAAGUUUGAAGAGAAGCUGAGGGCGGCUGAAGAGGAGCUGAAUAUUGACGCUAAGGACAGAAUACCGGUGUCCUACAGACGCACCGGAUUCUUUGGAAACGUAGUCGUUACUCUGGGCAUGGCUGCUGUGGGUUUCGGGAUUCUCUGGUAUUUCUUCAGAGCAGUAGGGCGGACUGCCCGCGACGGCUUCAAUGCCUUAAAUCAGCUGAAGAUGGCCAAGUUCACCAUCAUAGACGGGACGUCUGGGAAAGGCGUGAGGUUUAAAGAUGUAGCYGGCAUGCAUGAGGCCAAGAUGGAGGUGAAGGAGUUUGUUGACUAUCUGAAGAGUCCAGAACGAUACCUUCAGCUGGGAGCCAAAGUUCCGAAGGGUGCGCUGCUUCUCGGGCCCCCCGGGUGUGGCAAGACUCUGCUGGCUAAAGCUGUGGCUACAGAAGCCCAGGUGCCUUUCCUCGCUAUGGCGGGCUCUGAGUUUGUAGAGGUCAUCGGAGGUCUCGGUGCCGCGAGGGUCCGCAGUCUGUUCAAAGAGGCUAGCUCUCGAGCCCCCUGCAUCGUUUACAUCGAUGAGAUCGACGCCGUGGGAAAGAAGCGCUCCACCAACAUGUCUGGCUUCUCGAAUACGGAAGAGGAGCAGACGCUCAACCAGCUCCUGGUGGAGAUGGACGGAAUGGGAACAACAGACCACGUUAUUGUUCUCGCCUCCACUAACAGAGCAGACAUCUUGGACAAUGCUCUGAUGAGGCCGGGCCGGCUGGACAGACACAUCUUCAUAGAUCUGCCCACACUGCAGGAGAGGAAGGAGAUCUUUGAGCAUCAUCUGAAGAACCUAAAGUUGACACAGCCUGCACAUUUCUACUCACAGCGCCUGGCUGAGCUCACCCCAGGAUUCACUGGUGCGGACAURGCUAACAUUUGUAACGAGGCUGCUCUGCACGCAGCCAGAGAGGGCUUCAAGUCCAUCGARACCGUUAACUUUGAGUACGCAGUUGAACGAGUUCUAGCAGGGAGCGUGAAGAAAAGUAAGGUUCUGUCUAAGGAGGAGCAGAGGGUUGUCGCUUUUCACGAGUCUGGACACGCGCUGGUGGGAUGGCUGCUGGAGCACACYGAGGCCGUGAUGAAGGUGUCCAUUGCCCCACGGACAAACGCAGCCCUGGGUUUUGCUCAGAUUUUACCUCGUGAGCAGUUCCUGUUCACUACGGAGCAGCUGUUUCAGCGCAUGUGUAUGGCUUUGGGAGGAAGAGCUGCUGAGGCCAUCACCUUCAACAAGGUGACCACAGGAGCUCAGGACGACCUGCGUAAAGUGACCCGUGUGGCGUACUCCAUGGUGAAGCAGUACGGCAUGUGCGACAGCGUCGGACAGGUCUCUUUCCCGGAGACGGAGGAACAAGGGGCCAUCGGACGCCGUCCCUUCAGCCAGGGUCUGCAGGAGCAGAUGGACCACGAGGCUAAUAUGCUGAUAGCUCGAGCUUACAGACAAACAGAGAAACUGCUGCAGGACAACAGAGACAAGCUCGCUCUGUUGGCCAACGCUCUGUUAGAGCGAGAGGUGGUGAACUACGAGGACAUCGAGGCCCUGCUGGGUCCGCCGCCUCACGGCCCCAAGAAGAGGAUCCUCCCACAGAGCUGGGUGGAGGCWGAGAGGGACAAGCACGACACGGGAGAGGACGAGCCUCGUCCACCUCCUCGCAAACUCAGUGAGGACGACGACGUAAAUCUUCAGUUAUCCUGACUUUACCAAAAACCUGGGACUGAYCGUUCACCAUUUAGCUUCGGACAGUGAAAUCAAAGUUUUGAAAACUGCAUUUUUAUGUAAAUGUUGAUAUUCAUUAGUUUUUCUGAAGCGUUUUGUUCAUAUGAAUGAUAAAUGUGCAGUUUUGACUGAUUACUGUAGCAGGAAAGCUUCCAUGGUGGCACUGAAAGCAACUAUUUAAUAAAGAAGCAGAAAAUAUUUAAACUUUAGCAUUUACUGUKAUGUACUGUAAUAUGAAUUUAAAUGCAGAAGUUUAUUCAUAAUCUGUGGUAUCUCUCUAGAAAAAGUAUUUUACAUUUUCAAAUAAACGCAACAGAACAUGA